AAUGAAGCUGUUGGUUGUUGUUGCUGCCGUUCUGGUGGCGGCGAGUGCUGCCAGUCUCUCUUUGGAGGACCUAGAGUUCCACGCCUGGAAGCUGAAGUAUGGAAAGAUAUAUACCUCCCCAGCAGAGGAGGCCCAGCGCAGGCUCACCUGGAUCUCCAACCGCAAGCUGGUGCUGGUCCAUAAUAUGCUGGCAGACCAGGGCAUUAAGUCCUAUUACCUGGGCAUGACCUUCUUUGCUGACAUGGAAAACGAGGAGUACAGACGUCUCAUCUCCCAGGGCUGCCUGGGCUCCUUCAACUCUUCUGCCCCCCGCAGAGGCUCCGCCUUCCUCCCACAGGCAGGGGGCCACGCUGAGCUGCCCAACAAUGUGGACUGGAGGGACAAGGGCUACGUUACCGAUGUCAAGGACCAGAAAGACUGUGGCUCGUGCUGGGCUUUCAGCACGACGGGUUCCUUGGAGGGACAGACUUACAGGAAGACCCAGAAGCUGGUGUCGCUCAGCGAACAGCAGCUGGUGGACUGUUCCGGUAGUUAUGGAAACAUGGGUUGCAUGGGCGGCCUCAUGGACCAGGCCUUCCAGUACAUCAAGGACAACGGAGGCCUGGACACUGAGGAUUCGUACCCCUACGAGGCUGAGGAUGGCCAGUGCCGUUACAAGCCCGAAAGCAUUGGUGCCACCUGCACCGGCUUUGUGGACAUUACAUCUGGUGACGAGAGCGCCCUACAGGAAGCUGUGGCUACUAUUGGACCUGUGUCUGUUGCCAUUGACGCAGGACACUCCUCCUUCCAGCUUUACGAAUCAGGUGUGUAUGAUGAGCCUGAAUGCAGCAGCUCCGAGCUGGACCAUGGUGUUCUGGCUGUGGGCUAUGGCACUGACAACGAACAGGACUACUGGAUGGUGAAGAACAGCUGGGGCUUGAGUUGGGGAUCCAAGGGCUACAUCAUGAUGACCAGGAACAAGCAGAACCAGUGUGGCAUUGCCACCGCAGCCAGCUACCCUCUGGUCUGAGGAUGAUUCAGGAGCACCACUACGUGAGACCCAUGGAGGAGAAGAUUAAAUAAAUCAUUCAAUGUAAUUUCAUAGAAAUUUAAAUCUGACUAAUUCUUGUAAGUAGGCAGUUUUCCGAGUCCGUUCUCCAUACCUCCAGGAGACAUUUAUGCACUUAAAGCCAUGUGGGCACCCAAACUGUACUGUAAGCUUCAUGAAUGGAAAUAAAUGCAGAGAUGUAAAACUA